AUGAUUGAAGAAAUAAAGAAAGAAUUAUGUGGUCCUCCGCCCGUCACGAUUGCUACAAUUUCUUCCCAGUAUCAUGAUUAUGAGAGAAUGCCCUACACUACUUUGGAAAAGGCCAAACCACAAAUUAUUGAAGAAAUUAAAUUCAAAAGGGCGGAAAAAGAACUAAUUAUGGCACUAAAAGCGGCGGAAAUAUGUCAGGAUAAUUACAUACAAAAAGCCGAAGAUCUCGUUCUAACUGAUAAGGACCCGUUCCAAAACUUUCCCACUGAGAUUAAGAAUUACAAAAGCAAAGCAGAAAUUGAAAAGCAAGAAAAUAAUAAAAAACUCAAAUCUGAUAAUCAAGUAGCUUACAGGAAAAUAAAAAGGCUAGAAAAGGACAUUGAAAACCUAAAAAAAGAAAAAACGCAAAAUAAACAACUCAACGCUGAACUGGAAGAAACAAAAAGAAAUCUAACGGCUGCUAAUGACCAAAUUCAAGGUCUAAAUAAGAAAAAAAUAACUUUAACCAGCGAAAGAGAUAGCCGCCCUAACAUUACUGUUGAUGAAUAUAAUAAUUUAGUUAAUAAUCUUAACAGUAUUCAACCCCAAUUAAUUCAAAGCCAGCAAGAGGAAAGAGAGUUUCAAACCAAAUUUCUUAAUGAGCAAGCAGAGCAUAAUAAGACUAAAAUAGAAUUGGCAAAAGUUAAUUCUUACCAAGAUUACUUACAAAAUGUUUUGGGGCUAAUUGCUACUGAUUUAAAUAGUUUACCAACUAAUCUACCGAUUGGACAAACUUUAUUUAGUCUGAUUAAUUUUUACCAAUCUAUUCCUCAGGACUGGUCAGAGCAAAUUGAAAGUUUGAUUCAAGAAAGAGACCUACGACCAAAUAUAACUCUGGACGACGAAAUUCAAACUAGUGAAAUACAGAGUAUUAAAGAUUCUUUAUUAAAUAAAGAGCAACAAAUAAUUAAGUUAAAAAAUGAAAUCAGUGAAUUAGAACAGCGACCUAAUAUUACUGUUGUGGCUUAUCAAGCGGAAAAGCAACAAUCUAGAACCGAAUUAGAAACCGAACAAACCGCCCAUAACGCUACUCAAGCCGAUUUAAAGAAAUGA